UAAAGGAUACGCAGACGAACACUUGACGAAGCGGGUGUCUGCGUGCUAACAGCGCAUGUUAGCCAUUAAACCAAACAUCAGUGUUGCUCAUGUAUUCUUCACUGUCACAGAAGAAGUUUCGCAUAAAUGGAGAUUCUUGGGUCAACCGAGAAAAUAAGCGACCCAUCCCUGCCUCUGUCUGCCCUUCGCCUCCUGGUGCCCCCGUUGCAGCUUCUGUCUGCAGCUAUGUGGCAGCUGGCGAAGCAGAAAGAUGUGAUGAAUUACGAGAAGCUCCAGGAGUUUGUGUCCAUGGUGACGGAGGCUGUGCCUGGACUGAUCAGUCACACACAGAGGGCCCAGUUGAUACUGGGUCUUAGAGCACGGCUAAUUCUGGAGCUUUGCAAAGGCUCAGCACAAGGUCACGUUGAUUCCCAAGCCAUUCUGAGCCAUUUAGAAAGACUCCCUUUGACAUAUACAAACGCAGAUUACAGGGAUGCGGGGGUGAAAACAACAGAGACCACCUUUAUUGCCCUUGUACAAAGCUUACUGAAGGAUCCGGUUGAGAGGGCGUACUUCUUCCAGGAGGUUUUUCCAAUGGAGUAUGGACCACAGUAUGAUGCUGCUUUGCAUGUGUUAUUAUGGGAGCUACUCUCAAAACUCGAGAAGCUACUUCCAGUACCGGACCUGAAACAGACUGCAGCUUGGCUUGCUUCUCUUCCCUCCAUGUUUGAGGAUUGUGUUCAACCCUCAGCUGAAGAACUGAACUCAGUCUUUGAGCACUAUAAAAACUCAGGUUGCUUAAAAAUCACUUAUGGUCCUUCAUCCACCAUUGGAAGCUGCAUCAUGUCUGCUUUAUCCAUUCCACCCUCACAAAAGACUAACAUCUCUGUCGGACUGCAGUCCAUCCACAAUUAUGCCAACCUACUGAACCCAGUGGCCUUUGUUGGAACAGACCAGUACAGCAUCGUGGCUGUCUACACUGAAGUGGAAGUCGGACAAUCUGAAGUUAAUGAACAAUUAGUUGAGUCGGCUGAAGUUCAGGUUCAGACAGACUUCUACGAAGAAGAGAUUGUGGCUGCCAGCACAGAGAGCGUCAGCAUCGAGGAGGUCUCUAGCGUCAGAGCAGAAGAAACAAAUGAAACUGCAGAUGUCGCUAAAGCUCUGGAGACUCUGACAAAAACUUUUGCUUUAAAAAAGGAGAGCCUGGGUCAAGAGGUACUGACAAGAAGGACUAAUGACUCACCUCUAAAUGAUGAAGUUGUGUUAGAAGAUGCUGUAGAUGAAGGCAAAGCAUCUGAAGGAUGUGAUCACUUUGAUGACAGAAUAGAAGCAAACGUUGAACACAUGGAGAAUGAUUUUGGAGACAUCGUGAGCAACAUCAACUCUAAUCACUUCGAAUCCAUUCCUGUCCCUGAAGAGGUGACAGACGUUUCCAGUCAGAGCUCUGUUCCUGACACACAACAUUCUGCCUCCUCUGCCAAUAUCCGCAGAUCCUCUCGUCUGCAGAUGAAGACCUCACCCAGUUGGCAUGAGAGGUGUAAACUGCAACGACAGAAGGACGUUACACCAGAAAUGAGCAAACCUGACAUAUCAGUUUCUCCAUCUGUGAUCGCAAUCAAAGGAACAGACAAAGGUGAUUCCGAUGAGGUGAAGUCCAUCAUCUUCACCUGUUCACAGUGUCCCUUCCACGACUCGGAUGAAAACAGUCCACCUCACUUCCACAUGCAGAGCGUUAAAACAGAAACACUCAGGACUCUAGAGGGAGCCAAAUUCACACCAUCUCCUUCCAGCUCUGAUGAAAUAUUUACAUCGAUAAAACUUUUCCCCAAAGGAAACACAGAGCAGAGUCAAGCAGUGCCACCGGUCCAUCAGAGCAAAGCGAGUGUGUCGCAGGCCCAGGGCAAACAAAAGGGCCUCAUGUGUGAAACCUGUGGAAAAACCUUCACACGCAGCUCGGACGUCCGGAGACACCAGCUCACUCACACUGGAGAAAGACCGUUCCGCUGCUCGCAGUGCGACCGGACCUUCCAGCACUCGUGGGAUCUCGCCAAGCACGAGAGCAAGCACCACGGCGUGGCCAUCUCCUUCAGCUGCCAGCUGUGCGGGAGCGCCUUCGCCAACCUCAGGGCUUUGACCCUUCACCACAAGCAGUCCCACUCGCAGGAGAGGCAGCUCCCGCAGAUCUGCUCCAUCUGCAGCCAGAGUUUCCCCACGUCCUCUGAGCUGUGGGAGCACAAGAAGUCCCACGUCACCAGCAAGCGCUACAUCUGCCAGCAGUGCGGGGACGGCUUCGACUCGCUGCUCGCCCGCUCCAAGCACAGACAACUGCAUCAGGUCAAGCACCAGUUCAAGUGUCCGCACUGCGAGAAGACGUACACUCGCAGGUCUGACGUGAAGAGGCACCUGUCCACCCACACAGGGGAGCGUCCUUACCAGUGUAACCAGUGCAACAAGCGCUUCUCACUCCGCUUCAUGCUCAUAAAGCACCUGCGUGUCCACACGGGGGAGCGGCCCUUCCAGUGCUCCCACUGUCCAAAGAGGUUCACGCUGGUGUCUGUGCUGGCCAGACACGAGAGGAUGCACACGGGGGAGAAGCCUUUUCUCUGUUCGCAGUGUGGUAAGGGCUUCUUGUCACAGGGAGAGCUUUCAAAGCACCACAGGUCGCACGAGGACGCCAGGCCCUACUCCUGCCAUCAGUGCAACAAGCGUUUCAAGAGCAAGAAAACCCAGCAGGAGCAUAUCGUAUCACACACGGGAGCCCGCCCGUACCCCUGCACCUACUGCGGGAAGGGCUUCACCAAACCCUACGCGCUGACCAGACACAACCUCAUUCACACGGGGGAGAGGCCCUUCCCCUGCGGACAUUGCGAGAAGUCGUUCCUCACCCUCAGCGAGGCUCAGCUGCACGAGCGUAUUCACACGGGUGAGAGACCGUACGCCUGCAGCGCGUGUGAGCUCAAAUUCAAGAGCUCGUCGGAGCUGGCGCGGCACCGACGGAGCCACUCGGGACUGAAGCAGCUGAAGCCGUACUGUGAGCAGUGCAUGAGAACGUUCACGUCCAAAGCGAAGCUGAGGAAACACAUGGAGACGCACAGGGAGCAGGAGGAAGCAGCGGCGUCUGUGGACUCUGUACAGCCUGAGAAAGAAUAACACACAGGCAUAAAUUUGAUUGGCUCAGAUUAUGGGACUGUACAAUAAGCAGAUCAGGAAAAUAGUGAUUGGUACUGACAUCCUUCAACUUUGGUUAAAUAAACCUGAAAAAAUAAAA